UUUCUUUUCUGAAGAGAGCUUGGGUCGAAAGCUAAAUGUUUAACAGUCUUUUCGUUGUGCCUGCCUGCAACGCAAGAUGUCAUCUUUACAGUACCUUUCUUUUCCUAAUAUUGUUGAUAUUCCAAUCCGCAGUUCAGUAGUUUGAUAUUUUCUAACCGAGUUUGAUGCUGUUCCAACGGACAUCACGUCGAGAAAAAGAAGCGAAGAUCAAUUAAUCAGUCACCACAUUUUCAUCUGGAGACGACGUCCUUUUCCGACCUCAACUGUCGCUUGGAAAGAUGCCAGACAGCGAGUGUGCAGAAAAGCUACUUGAGAUAUUAAAAAAUUAUCAGAUUUCGGCAAUAUGUGCUCGAGAUCUGUACAAACUGUCAACUGACACUGUUAUUUUUAUUUAUCAGGAAUUACUUAAGCCUUUGGGAGUUGACAUUCGAAAUUUAAGGAAGCCACUGAAAAGUGAAACUCAGUUUCAUUUGUCUCAUUAUGAUACAGAUUUUAGGUUCAUUAUGAAACUUUAUUCAGCAAUUGCCGUAAUUUUGAAAGAAGCUUCUUCCUUUGAAUUUGAUCUGAUGGAUAUUUUAAAGCCAGGUCUCCCUCGGACUUUUACUGUAGUUGUUAUCCUUCAUAAUGUCGUCCUGUUCAGAAAUUCAAGAAAGGAAGUACUUGAUGAGAUAGUUGAACAGGCAAGUGAAAAAAUUGAAAAAUUCAGAAAAUUGGCAGCUCUUAAAGAAAAACUUAGGGAUGACAUCAAUUGUCAGUCAAAAUAUGCAGCAAAAUUAGCAGUGCAACAGGAACAGUUGAAGAACCAAAUAAAUGAUGCAGAAGGGAGAAUUUUCACUUUAAUUGAAGAAAGAGAAAACAUUGCACAAUCCAUAGAGCCCUUGAGUAAAACUCUGGCUGAGUACGAUAAUGAAAUCCGCAAGCUUGAGACUGAGGGUAUUAAGUUGGCGCAGACAAUUGAGAAUCUGAAGAAUCAAAUUGUAUCCUCCCCAGCACAGUUGGUACAGAAUCUAGAAAACCUGAAGGCAACAGAACAGCAGAAGAAAGAAGAAGAGCAUGCUAUUAGUGAAGCACUGCAACGGAAGAAAUCCCAUUUUGAAAACCUGGCUAACUGUGUGCAAGUGGCAAAUGCAGUUAUGGAAGAAAUAAAAGACAUAAAUAAAUUAAUUGAUGAAAUUAGAAAUGAGGAGAUGGAAUUGGAACGGUUAGAAAUGGAGAAAACAAAGUUGACUGAAGAAGUAAGUAUUAAAAAAGAAGUAAUAGGGUGGAUAAAGCAUAAUGUAGUGGAACUUCAACAACAAAUUAAAGCUUCGAAGGAGCAUUUAGCUGAAAAAAUGGAGAAAGCUCAAGAGAAAGUGAUAGGACUUGACAAGAAGAUUGCACUAAAACUUAAAAACAUAGAAGACAGUAUGCAUACAAAACAAAAUAGUGCGAAAGAACUUGAGGAAUAUAAAGUCAAAAUUACUAAGGAGGAGGAAAAACAAAAUUAUGCUCUGCUGAAAAUUGAAAAGGAAUCUGAAGAAAUCAUUCAGGAGGCGCAGGAGCUGAUCCAUGCAUUCAAUCACUUACGGCAAACUGUUGCAGAACUACAAAGGUCGAAAAAGUGAUGGAACACGUCAACACACUUCAGCUUGUGGACGAGUAAUAGUGAUCUUUCUGCCUUCCCCUCCAGCCAGCUACCACUUGAGAUAUUUUUUAUAUGUAUAUUAUCCAGCUAGUUUUAAAACUGUACAAUAGUUAACUACUGGUGAAUGAGCGAUAAAUUUUUGUGUUUCCUUGAUUCCAUAAAUUAUUGUUUUAACUCUUUGGAAUCACAAUCUAAAAGCUAUUCAUAUUUUAGUCUGUAAAAAUAAGUGAUUUACUGUAUCAUAGA